CGGCGAGACUCGAAUGGUGACCAAGCGGUCACCCAAAAAAAAAAUAAAAAAAAGUUAUAGAUAUCGUUUAAAAUCGUUAUGACCGUGUGCGUGUGCUAACAAAUUUACAAAUCGGAUGGACAGAGUUCCACUGAUACAGACCGGGUUCUCCACACUAUAUGGAACAACGGAACUCACGAACCCUUCUUGAUACGUGUGACAUCUGCAUUGCCUACAACUCAUUACAACUCUUACAAGAUAUGAAGAGAGGGACUAGCAUCAUGUCCGUUGUUCAUACGCUGCUUGGCAUUUCCCGGGGCAAUUUUUGUCGUCUUUUCACUGACUCGCAGUUCCUCCAGUGCCUCGUCAUCUUCCUCAGUCUUUUGAAUUUAUCGCAAUGUCUUUAUGAGGACCAGAUUGGCAAGUUUGACUGGAAACAAAACUAUGUUGGCAAAGUCAAAUAUGCCAGUUUUGAUUCUGUUUAUGCUGCCAAAAAGAUCAUUGUUGUCACUGAAGAAAACGUUAUUGCAGCCCUAAAUAUAAGGACGGGUCAAAUAUUAUGGAGGAGAUUAUUUGAAAAAGGAUAUGCUGGACAAGUAAGAGCAUUUGCAAAUGUAGCAAAUGGAGAAUUUGUUUCGGUAAGUGGAAAUGUGCCAGCAAUCGUCCGUUAUUGGAAUUUAGCUACUGGACAUAUCCUGAAUGAAUGGAUAUUGGCCGAACGUAAUCCAGAUAGGAUAGAAGAUGUAAAGUGGCACAUAAGGGAUGGAAAGCUGCAUCAUAUAUUACCAAUUUAUAAUAGUGGCAUUGAAGUAACUUCAUACGAUUGUAAAAGUGGAGAGAAAUUAAACACUAGAAAUAUUUCUGUGCCAUUUAUUUCACAAGAAACAAAGUGUCUGUUGGCAGCUUCAUACUACAUCUGCUUAGUAGGAAAUACUGACCAAGCAAAGUUAUCCUAUGUAAAUAUUUUCGAUUCAAAAUCUCAGCCACAGUUAAAACCAAUCAACGCAAUAUUCGACUCUCAUGGACCGUACCAUAUUUCUCUUGUUCCUGGAAAUGUAGCUGCAAUAACAGUCAGUGCUGGUAAUAGUCGUAAAAAGCGCAUGAUAUUAUUUGAGCAAGAUCCUAUUCCGAUACCGCGAGAUAUUGAAGGCGAGAACUUUUUAUAUCUUACCACGUUGGAUGGCAAAAAAGUUUUAUUAGAAACAUCUUACAAUAAUGGCGCAACAAGAAUCACAGCCACUGAAUUGAGCGCAAAUGAAGCACAACCAGAAAAGAUUGCCUAUGUUACGAGCAAUAGCCUAUACAUGCCAAAAAUUGUAGCAAAUGAUUGCACUUACCAGACACUCAAGGCCAAGAACUGCAAGUUUUUGUUAGCAUCAGAGGAUCACAGCAUCAGCUUGUUGCACCAAAAAGUAGUGUGGACUAGAGAAGAAGCGCUGGCCACAAUUUCUGCUGUUGAAAUCGUUGAUUUGCCUAUAUCCGACCGUGAACAGGCUAUUGAAAAGGAAUUCGAUCAAACUGAAAAUCUUGAUGUAGACAGUUCAUGGGACGUUUUUGGUAUGCUCAUUCGAAGACUGACAUCCCAAGCUAACCAAAUGAAAACAUUUAUCGAAAGUAUUUUGGGCUUGGAACCACUGCAAUCUAGUCAAAGGGCUGAUUUGGUCCGUGACAAGUUCGGUCUGCAUAAAAUAAUUGUUGCUGUUUCGAAUGCUGGAAAAAUAUUCGGCAUUGAAACAAAAAGAGGAGAAAUAAUUUGGCAGCUGAGAAUUCCUAAUAUCCGUGGUUUUGACCUAUGUACAAAGAAUAUAAUAUUGUACAUCCAACGAGGCAGUAGACAUUUUCCGCAUCCUGCUUUUUGCUCGCUUAUUGCCGCUGAUAAGGAAACCAAUAACGGCGUAAUAUUUUCGUUCAAUCCAAUAAAUGGCCAACCACUAAGUGAUAUUUCCAGAUUAGGAUAUCGGAUCAAGCAAUCGCUUUUGCUCCACACGACAACGGAUACUUAUCUACGGCCGAUCGUUCUUCUUGACUCUGACGAUCGUGUACACGUUUAUCCUGAUAUUGCAAACCCGAUAGCCGAGAGCAUUUUGAACAACUUGUACAUAUUCACAGUUAACAAAACAACAGGCGUGGUCACUGGCUACUCGUUGCAAUUCGCGUCUGGCAAUCAUCAUGCACAUAAAGUGUGGGAACAAGUUUUCAAUCCAAAAAUUCAGCGGAUAACGCAUGUCGCCUCGAAAAAUCCAAUCGAACGGGUACACUCGCAAGGUCGUGUGUUGAGUGAUAGAUCGGUUUUGUACAAGUACAUAAAUCCAAAUUUGGUAGUAAUUGUAACGCAAGGAAUCAGUGCUGCUCACAAGGGUACGCUUAAUCUAUAUUUAAUAGACGUUGUCUCGGGUAACGUGAUUUACUCGAACGUCCACAAAAGAACUAAGGGACCCGUUCAUAUUGUUCAUUCCGAAAACUGGCUAGUUUAUAGUUAUUAUAAUGAAAAAAGUCGCAGGACUGAAAUUGCGACUCUAGAAUUGUACGAAGGCAAAGCUCAAAGCAAUACAACAGUUUUUUCAUCACUUAGUAACAUGAAGUUACCGAUAGUUGAAAGGCAAGCCUUCAUUUUUCCUGCUUACAUAGAAUCAUUACAAGAAACUAUUACUGAAAAGGGUAUCACUAGCAAACAUAUUCUAGUCGCUUUGGCCAAUGGCGGAGUUUUAGAGUUACCAUGGAUAUUAUUAGAUCCUAGACGACCAAUCAAUCCGGAACUACGAGAAGAAGGUGUCAUUCCUUAUAUGCCAGAGAUACCAAUUCACAUGGAUAGUAUUAUAAAUUAUAAUCAAAGCGUUUAUAGGGUAUCUGGAAUUCACACGAGCCCUAGUGGCCUUGAAAGUACAUGUCUGGUUUUUGUUUAUGGAUUAGAUUUGUUUUACACGAGAGUCGCGCCGUCAAAAACAUUUGACCUCCUAAAGGAAGACUUUGACUACUAUCUGAUUGUUAUUGUACUCUCGGCUCUUGUGAUUUCGUCAUAUGUAACGAAAAAAUUAGCAUCUCAAAAGGUACAAAAACAAGCGUGGAAAUAAUGCAGCUGUUUUAACAUUUCGA